AUGUCAGAACUCCGCCAGCGACCAACAACCACUUCGAAGCCCAGCAAUGGGCCUGAUAAAGGGCCAGAUUCCGCACAACACUCCAACGAUGAAAUCACCCAAGACCACGGCAUAGGCCUGUUGGAUAUAAUACGUGUGAUUGUGAUCAUCCUCAUCGCCUGCGGUGGUCUCUCUUAUUACAUGACUUCAUCCGAGUCUGUGCUGUGGGGUUACAGGCCAUGGUACACACGGUGGCCGGUGGUGAAGCAGUGGGUGAAAGGCCCUGUGGCCCUGACACCAAGCCAACUAUCCCUCUACAACGGCACAGACACCAAUCUCCCACUCUACGUCGCGGUGAACGGGACUAUUUUCGACGUUUCAGAAAAUCGCAUGAUCUACGGAGCGGGCGGGAGCUACAACUUCUUCGCGGGGCGGGACGCAACACGUGCUUUUGUCACGGGUUGCUUUGAGGAGGAUCUUACGGCCGACCUGCGUGGUGUCGAGGUUAUGUUCCUUCCUGUUGAGGAUGUUGAAAAUGAGGCUGUGACUUCUGCGCAGAAGAAAGUCCGCCGGGAGAAAGAGCUACGGGCUGCUAGAGCGCGGGUUGUGGGGACCGUGGAGAGGUGGACUGAAUUCUUUGCGAAUCACAAGAAGUAUUUUGAAGCUGGGAAGGUUGUGGUUGAGGCUGAAGGUAUUGAUGGAGAGCCAUGGCCGCUGUGCGAGGGUGCACAAAAGCAGCGACCGAAGAGAAGUGCGAUGGUGGAAAAGUCGUAG